AAUUCUAAAACUCUAGCAAAAUAUAUUUGAAAACUAAAAAGACGCGUGAGAGGCUUAAGAGUGAAGAAAAUCUCCUUUUCUCCAAAACUUUAUAAUUUAUAAUUUCAUUUUUUAUUAGAUUGUCUUAAAAAAAUUAUUAGAUGGAUUUAUCCAAAUCGGGGAUGGGUUUUCGGAUCCUCAUCCGGGUCUAUCUAUAUUCCAAUUACCGCCAUUGUUGACGCCAAAGCUCAAUCUCAACAACAAACUUCCGUACCACCAUUCUCCUUCCAAACCCUAAUUCCACUAUUUCUCUCUCAAUUCCAUUUUCAAUCAAUGCUUCAAUUCCAGGAAUAAAUGUUUGAUUUUUAGAGUGUGGAAUGUGCUUUUGCAUGCAGAAUUAGGGAUCAUGAUUGUAAAGGAGCAUCCUGUUGGUACUGAACUGGUAAUGAGUAAUGCAAUUGGGGAUGAAGAAAUUGAUUUUUCUUGUGAUCCUUAUAUAGGGUUAGAGUUUUUUAAUGCAGAUGAUGCACUUAAGUUUUAUAUAUCAUAUGCUAAUCGAAUGGGGUUUAAAGUUCGGAUUGGUCAGCUUUAUCGAUCGAGAACUAAUGGAUCGGUUUCUUCUCGAAGAUAUGUGUGCUCGAAGGAGGGACAUCAGCUUAGCUCAAGAACUGGAUGUCCAGCGUUCAUAAGAGUACAAUUAAAUGAUUCUGGAAAGUGGGUUGUUGAUCAUUUUCACAAGGAUCAUAACCAUAGUCUUGAAAAUGAAAGUGAAAAUUUCGCUCCAACAUUGCAGUCGAAUGGUGCUGCAGCUAUUGACUCUUCUACUACUGAAGUCACUCGCAGGCCGAGGAAGAAAAAGAUUGAAGUAGCCAAUGAUGAACCUAUUUGUCCCUUUGGUGUUAUUGAUUUCAAGCGCCUGAGAAAGGAAGAACUUGAAGGACAGGCCAGAAUCGAACCACAUGUUGGUCAAGAGUUUAAUACCCCCAAUGAAGCCUACCAAUUUUAUCAUGCUCAUGCAGCAUAUUUGGGUUUUGGAAUUCGAAUUGGUCAAUUGUUUCGGUCUAAAAAUGAUGGAUUGAUUACAUCGCGACGCUUUGUGUGUUCAAAAGAAGGGUUCCAGCAUCCUUCAAGAGUUGGUUGUAGGGCUUAUUUAAGGAUUAAGAGACAACCAUCAGGAAAAUGGGUAGUCGACCGUCUUGAAAAAGAUCAUAAUCAUGAUCUAGGCCUUGAAAAGGAACAUAAGACAAAAAUUCUUCCUGCUUCUAAUAUUUUGACUGAGGUAAAUACUGAAUUGGUGAAUGACGACAUAUUUAGGAUAGAUAACUACCCUGUCCUGAGAGGAGGUAGACAAAAUCACAUUCGAAGUGAUUGGUACAACAUGCUUUUAGAGUAUUUUCAAUCAAAACAAGCUGAAGAUACAGGAUUCUUCUAUUCCAUGGAAGUCGAUAAUGGUAAUUGCAUGAGCAUAUUCUGGGCCGACGGAAGAUCUAGAUACUCAUGUAGUCAGUUUGGUGAUGUCCUCAUUGUAGACACAUCUUAUAGAAAAAGUGUCUAUAUGGUACCAUUUGCUACUUUUGUUGGAGUUAACCACCACAAGCAACCUGUGCUUCUUGGAUGUGCUCUAAUUGCUGAUGAAUCUGAAGAGUCUUUCACUUGGUUGUUUCAGACAUGGCUAAGAGCAAUGUCUGGCCGGCAGCCUCUGUCAGUAAUAGCUGAUCAAGACGUUCCAAUCCAGAGGGCAAUUGCAAAAGUCUUUCCAGUAACCUAUCAUCGCUUUUCGUUGUGGCAAAUUAAUGCAAAGGAACAAGAGCUCGCAGGUCUGAUGGGUAAUGUAUUUACAAAAGAUUACGAAAAGUGUGUUUAUCAGAGCCAGACAGUUGACGAAUUUGACACUGCAUGGAAUGCUCUACUCAUCAAAUAUGGAUUGAAGGACAAUACUUGGCUAAAAGAAAUGUAUGAGAAGCGUGCAUCAUGGGUUCCAUUCUAUUUAAAGGGCACAUUUUGUGCUGGAAUUCCUAUGAAAGAAAGCAUGGAAUCAUUCUUUGGUGGACUUUUAAAUGGCCAAACACCUCUCGUGGAAUUCAUUCCACGGUAUGAAAGAGGUCUUGAGCGACGUCGUGAAGGUGAAAGAAAAGAGGAUUUUGAUACUUCUAAUUUUCAACCUUUUUUGCAAACAAAAGAACCCAUAGAAGAACAAUGUAGAAGGCUUUACACUCUUGCAAUAUUCAAAAUAUUUCAAAAAGAACUUUUGCAGUGCUAUAGUUAUCUUGGGUUUAAAAUCUACGAAGAAGGACCCCUCAGCAGAUAUUUGGUGCGUAAGUGUGGACAUGAUGAUAUGGAGAAGUAUGUAGUUACAUUCAAUGCAUCCAAUCUUGACACAAGUUGUAGCUGUCAGAUGUUUGAAUACGAAGGUGUUCUAUGCAGACAUGUAUUGAGGGUUUUCCAAAUAUUAGAAUUAAGAGAAGUUCCUUCUCGCUACAUCUUGCACCGAUGGACAAGAAAUGCUGAGGAUGGUGUUUUUCCUGACAGAGAAUCAUGGAGUAGCUCUCAGGAGCUAAAAAGUUUGAUGCUAUGGAGUCUAAGAGAAACAGCAUCUAAAUACAUUGAUGCUGGUGCAUCAUCUAUUGAAAAGUAUAAACUUGCCUAUGAGAUUUUGCGAGAGGGUGGGAGAAAACUGUGUUGGCAUAGGUGAAUUCUUCCAACUUAUGUGAUGUUGUAUAUUAGUUGCAAAAUUAACUUUUUAGCUUGUGUUGUUUAUUUUGGUUGCAAUUUUGCUCCUUUAAUCAAAUACCAUCUUUUAUCAAUCUUAGUAGUUCUACACUUAAACACUUGUGUUAAGUAAUGUAUUAUUCAGAUUAUCCUCUACAGCUGCUGCACCAUGCAGAAGCUGUAGGAGAUCCAAUUUUGUUCAGAUUAUUCGUAAUGACAACUCCAACUUUGCCAUCAUAA